AUGGGUUCUCUAAUGGGAGGCUGGGACUCUCCUGUCGGCGACUUGAAAUCUGUGACAUACCAGAGAAACAACUCAUGUACCAAAGAAGAAAUUGAAGCUUAUUGGAAAUCAAAAGAACCAGUCUUCGAGAAAGAAAAUUAUACUCAGAGAGUUAUUGACCAGGAGAAUACAUCUAAAAAGCAAUCAGGAAAUGUGAAGAAGUUUCAAAGAUUCAGUUCAUUGCCUCUAAUGGAUAGAAAGGGUAAUAUCCUGGAUGUUGAUGAAACUGCUAUUGAUAAACUAAUCAAGACAAACAACUGGUGGACUAGGAGCAACUGGGCAUUUCUUAAUGAACCUCCUGUAAUAGCUACCACUGAUCAUGAAGGCCGGGCUAUGUACACAUACUCGCCGCAGUAUCAUGUAGCUGGCGGCUUUGGGUCCUCGAAACAAGAAGAUUCUCGUCCCUGA